UUAUGCCAUGCAGCUUUAUAUUAUAUCUAAAGGUUGCCAAUGCAUUGUUUAGCCCUUGACUAAGGCAAGCAUCCAAAAUCCCUGAACGUGAAUGAACAAAGACUUGACAAGUUAAGGAUCAUCCUCAACAUUGGUGGUUUAAGUAAAUCAUCCUGUUUAAGAAAAGGUUUCUGAUAAGUUAUAAUAAGCAGGGUAUCAAAGUUUGCUGCUAUGCCAUAAGGAGUUAAGCCUAAACUAACAUUAGGAACUCACAAGUUGAUAGAGCUUAACAAGAAAAACAUGCACAUAUCUUUCAUCCCAGGGGAACUACAAGACCUAUGGGAUCUGUGGGGCUUAGAAAUACUUGUGAUAUUGAGUUUCACCAUCCAAGUGAUCCUCACAGUCUACGGCAGCCGCAGAAAGGACAUUCCAGGUAUGUGGGUAAGGCUCACAGUUUGGUUCACCUAUUUGCUCUCCGCUUCCUUGGCGAAACUCAUCAUAGGCAAGCUCACGGUAAUACCGGAAAGCGAUCCGACCGAUCGCAACAUCAGGCGCGAAUUGAAGGCGUUGUUUGCACCAUUGCUUCUUGUGCAAAUUGGCAAUCCAGAUGCCAUAACUGCAUACUCAAUUGAAGAUAACAGGUUGGGAUUUAGGCAGCUUCUAACCCUUGUUAUACAAGUAGCUGUGGUGAUUUGGAUCAUUGUAAGAAGCUGGACUCAUUCAAUGCUCUCUUUUCUGUACCUUCCAUUACUUGUAUCUGGACUAAUCAAGCAGGGAGAAGUUGUUUGGGCUCUCAAAUCAGCUCUUAGUAAAACAUCUGGAAUCAUCACUCUUCAAGAGAUUGACCAAGAAGCAAACAUGCCUGAUUUAUUCAGGUUUCUUCCUUUGGACAUUCCAAACAUUGAAUUGAUCUUGAAGGCCUAUUACCGCUUCACCUCGUUGAAACCUCACCGCGAGAACUGGCUCUACCAGCCUCUAUAUGAAUCCCUUACCUGGAUGUCUAUAGACGAGUACGCACCAGAGGAAAUCUUCAAGAUCACGGAUGCAGAACUGAGCUUCAUGUAUGAUGUGCUCUACACCAAAGCGCCUAUAAUCUACACCAAAGCAGGUUGUGUUCUACGCGUCGUGAGUUUCUUCAAUUUAGUUAUAACUCUGUGUGGAUUUUCAGUCAUAUUCGAACCAACCUUUGCCAGCCAUUGGAGAGCCUGCUUCAUAGUUGGGGUGCUAACAGGUGCUGUAGUUAUGGAAGCAUACCAGAUUUUGCAGUUACCUUUCUCAGAUUGGGCUAUAGUUCAAAUGAUCAAGCACCAAAAUCUUCCACUUGUGGUUCCAUGCCUUAGAAUUCUUGGACCUAGAGUAGCCAGUUGGAAAAGGUGGUCAAACACAUUGCCACAAUUCAACUUGCUCAGCUUUUGCAUCCAUGAUAAGCCAUUAAAGUGUGGGAAGAUUCUCAAAUACCGGGGAAUUGACAUGGGGUUGAAGAAGAAUAGGAGUAGGACGCGUGUGCGGUUUCCACAAGAAUUAAAAGCUCUGGUGGUUCAAGAAAUGAAGGAUAUUGAUAGAGAAAGAGGGCUAAAGCCCUUCAACCACAGAGGGGAGUGGUCACUUGGAAGGUAUGAAUGUCUCAAUGAUUUCAAAUGGAGUAUUAAGAGAGAUUUUGACAAGAGCAUCACCAUAUGGCACAUUGCAACUGAUAUCUGCUACUAUUCUGAUGUUCAAUCCAAUGCUGCAAACACCAAAAUCCAAAUGGCCAAGUCAUUGUCAGAUUACAUGAUGUACCUUCUAGCGUUGCGCCCUCAUAUGCUGUCCAUGACCACUGCCAAGAUAAUAUUCCGACACGCCUUCGACAAACUCAAGGCCUUGUUGGUGCAGAAAGAAGAGUCUGUGAAGGAUGAGAAAGAAGCAUGCAGGAUUUUGAGAGUGGAAAGAGUUCCACAGUAUUCAAACAUGGAGAGGAAAUCAGAAACUGUUGUCACAUCAAAAUGGCAUGUGCUGAGGGAUGCUCAGAGACUAGCUAGGAAAUUGAUGGCCAGGGAAGACAGGUGGCAGAUCAUGUGUAGUGUGUGGGUGGAGAUUUUGUGUUACGCUGCAGCAAAUUGCACUGUGGAUUAUCAUUCAGAACAAAUAAGGAGAGGUGGAGGUUUGAUAACUCAUGUUUGGAUUCUGUUAGCUCAUAAGACAGAUAAAUAUCAUAUCAGUGACUAAGCAUUUUGUAACUGGAUUAAUAUCAUAUCAUUCAGAACAAAAUGACAUGUAGGCAUGUAGCUGGCUUCUUGAGAAAUUGAAUCUACAUUUUGUGAAGAUCAGGAUUUGUUGCAGUUCAUUUUGAAACUGCAGCUCCUGCAGUUAAAGAUGGGUGCUCAUUGUCAACGGCAUGUAUUUGUUUUUACAUUUAAUGUUUUUAUCAUACCAAAAAAAUAAUUCAGACAAUGGAGAGCUUCUACGGGAGGGUUGUGAUAUAUUUUGUAACCCAUCAUGUACAUUGGAAUCUUGUUGAUUUGUGCCUCUUUGUUAUAUGCCCCUUCCCCAGUCGUUUUGGCUGUUGCUUCAGGAGGAA